UCGUUAGUACAAUAUUACCAAGUUUACUACCUAAAAAAACAAAAAUUUACCAAAAAUGGUAACAAUCACAUUUGGAUUGAAUCCAUAACAAAAAAGAGUCUCAACAAACUCACACAACACGACAGCUUUCUCCCUCUCUCUGACUUUGUUUGUUUCUCUCUUGUAAGGAAAACGAAUCAUUCUACAUUUCUACGUUGACAAAACAUUAUACAUAGGUUGUUUUGAUUAAUCAGGGUACAAUCUUGUGUUAUUUCUCUCUCAUUUGGCACGCAAGCCUCAACAUUCUCCUCUAUUUUUUCAUCAUUGAAAUAUGGAGGAAAGUCCCAAGUUGGAUUUGUCAUCUUGUUAUUAUGGAUGUGGAGAUCAUGCAUUUGAAAUGGAGCAGAAGAACACACCAACACAGAGAAUGUCAGUUUCAGUUUCAGAUCACAUGAAUGGAUUUCAAUAUCCAACCGAGAAAUUCGAUAGCUAUGUGAUUGACAUGGAUGCCGCCUUCUCUUCAGGCAUCAACAAAGAUAGUAGUGCCAAUGCUAAUCCUAGAAUUACGUAUUCUGACCAGAAAGGGUUGCAGAGGAGCCUCUCCAGGAAAGGAUCUCAGCGUGGGGUCGACAGGAAAGUGAAUGGCCUUUCAAUGCUUCAAGUUCAUGAUAUUAAUAAUAAGGAUGCCAUCUCUGCUCUAUGCUCACCACUAGGGUCAUGUACGCCAACGGCAAUGGCAGCGGGGUCCCCGGAUCAUUCCAUCAACCCACACAAUCAUCAUCAGAUUAACAUCAUCGGCACCACCACCGCCACCACCGGUGAAAGCAGAUUAACUCGCCGAAAUAGUUUCAUACGAUCUUCUUCAUGGACACUUGAUCCUAAAAGGGUUCUCAUUUUCUUUGCCACCUUGUCAAGCAUGGGAACAAUGUUGCUGAUAUACUUCACUCUCAUUAGCAAUAAGCAAAAUUUUGAUGGGUAUGUGGGUGAUAUAGGAAGUAGUGAGUGAAACCACCCAAUUAUUAGGCAAACAAUCUCACAAUUUAGAAACAAGUUUGAAGAAGACAAAAUAGUAGCAACUGAACCUUUUAUU